UGCGGGGCCGGAAUAUCACCCCGUCAGAUCGUCAUACUCACCAACAACUUGGCUCUCAACAUCCUUCUCCUCCUCGUCCACAAUGAGCUCAAACAACCCAGAUCAGCCCAGCACGCCCACAGACUCGGGUGGUCCGACUCCCGUUUCGUCGCGGUGGGAUCUCACCGUCCUUCCGCCAACGCCCGCCCGUCCUCUGGGACGGGCGGCAACGGACCCGCAGGCAGGCCCCAGCGAGACGAGCCGCCUCUUGGCCACCAAGCACCCGCGGUACUGGGAUGCCACGGACAGCGACACGGAGGACAGAGGAAGAGGCGGGAAGAGCACGUCGAGCGCGCCGAGAUCCGCGUCGGCAGCGAGUGCCCAACGUCUCCAGAAGGCUACGCGCGUAGCUAAGAAGAUCCGCCAGCGCUCAAAGUACUACGUCCCGGUCACGGAGUGGCUGCCGACCUACUCCUGGUCCCUGUUUGCAGGCGACGUCGUGGCGGGCAUAUCGGUUGCAUGUCUCAUGGUCCCUCAAGCCAUGUCGUAUGCGACGAGCCUCGCCAAGCUCACCCCCGUCGCGGGACUGUGGUCGUCCUCCGUGCCCGUGUUUCUCUACGGACUCCUGGGUACCAGCCGUCAGCUGUCAAUGGGCCCCGAGGCGUCACUGUCUCUCAUGCUGGGCCAGCUCAUCGACGACCUCGUUUGGGGUGACCCGCACAAUGCGCCAGCGCACCCCGAGCUCGAAGCCGCAGCCAUCUCCGUCAUGGCCACGUUCCAGGUCGGCCUCAUCACCGGCAUCCUCGGCUUGCUGCGCCUUGGAUUCCUCGACGUCGUGCUUUCCCGCGCCCUCCUUCGCGGCUUUAUUACCGCCAUCGGUGUUAUCAUCUCGAUCGAGCAGAGCAUCCCGCUCCUCGGCCUGGCGCAUGUCAUGCACGAGGCCGGUGACCCGCCCACGCUCCCUAUCCCAAAGCUUAUCUUCAUCAUCAAGCACAUCACGCGGUUUAACCCGUACACGGCGAUCCUCUCCGCGUGCUGUCUCACUUUCCUGAUCGUCGCCAAGGUUGUCAAGCAGCGCGUCACCAAGACGCCGGGAGGCGCAUGGCUUCGCUUCGUGCCCGAGAUCCUCCUCGUCGUUGUCUUCACUACCCUGCUCACUUCCAUCUUCCGAUGGGACCUCAAGGGCGUCGACAUCCUCGGCAAGGUCAAGACGUCGACCGGCAUGCCGUUUGGCCUCCCUCUCACCUCGCGCCCCAUGAAGUACUUCAACGCGACGUUCCCUACUGCUUUCGUUAUGGCGCUCGUUGGUGUUGUCGACUCGAUGGUUGCUGCGCGUGAGAACGCGACCAAGUACAGCUACCCCGUCAGCCCUAACCGCGAGCUGGUCGCGUAUGGCGCCACGAACUUGGUUGCGUCGACCCUCACGGCAACCGGCUCCCUCCCGAUCUUUGGCUCACUUACCCGCUCGCGUUUGAACGGAAACACUGGCGGCCGCACUCAGAUGGCCUCACUGAUCACCUCCGCCCUCGUCCUUUUGUCGAUCUUCUUCCUCAUGCCUUGGCUGUUCUUCCUUCCCCGCUGUGUGCUCGCGUCCAUCAUUACUACGGUCGUGUACGGCAUCCUCAACGAGGCGCCGCACGACGUUAUAUAUUACUGGAGGAUGCGCGCAUGGCCCGACUUCAUUCAGAUGGCCGGCACUUUCCUCCUGACGCUGUUGUUUAGCAUCGAGGUUGGCGUCGUUGCCUCCGUCGGCUUCUCGCUUCUUCUCGUCAUUCAGCACUCGACCAAGCCGCGGAUCAAGAUCAUCGGUCGCCGCCCUGACUCAGACGACUGGGUUCCGAUCGAUGAGGACGAGGAGGCGCAGGAAGAGAUUCCAGGAGUGCUCGUCGUGCGCAUCCGCGAGCCGCUCUCCUUUGCGAACACUGGUGGACUCAAGGAGCGUCUGCGCCGCCUCGAACUUUAUGGCCCGAAGAAGAGCCACCCGUCUGACGCGCCGCGGCGCGAGUCCGCCAAGGCCGUCAUCUUGCACAUGGGCGAUGUCGAUGAGAUCGACGCUAGCGCUCUCCAGAUUCUUGCCGAGCUCGUGUACUCGUACCAGGAGCGCGGCGUGGGCAUCUACUUCGCCCACCUCCACCCGCAGCAGCUCGAGCAGUUCCGCAUCAUGAACAUCCCCGAGACGCUCGGGCCCUCAAGGUUCCACCCAGACGUCCGCAGCGCCAUGCUCGAAGUCGAAUCGCUCGGCUUUGGCAACCGCUCCGCUCCUUCGCGGUUCCUCAGCCACCGCCCCAGCGCCAACAACCUGGCGUAGGCCCCACCCACACUCACUUCGCUCCCAUACACUAUAGACUCCACCAUCUUUGCUUACGCCUCCACGCCCAAACAUGACGCCUGAUCCACGCCAAUUCUGCUAUGCUACUGAUAUGAGCUUUGGACAGCAGUGCGCGUGAUUGUUACACGCCUCAUCCU